UCCAUUUUAUAUAAUCCUUUUUUUCAGCCGAUGCAAUUUUUUGCCUGUUGUUUAUCAUCUCUAAAGAAACAACAACGUAUUUGUGCUUCCAAAGUUUUGUCUGGACUAGAAAAGAAAUUUAAAAAAAUUAUGGAUAUAAAUUUAUUAAUCUUGGGCAGGCCUGAUAUGCUUCAAAAUUUGUUAGUUGUGCUCAAGGAUUUGCUCUACUUCCUGAGACAAACAGGAACAUGAACUCCUCGUCAAAAAUGUCGGCCGACGCCCAGUGGCGUAUAAUGGCUACCAUGACCCCCAGUCCCGUUAUUAUCUUCCCUUCAAAUAGAUUAGUUAUAAAUGCGCCAUUUAACAUGCGUAAGGAGCAUGAGCUCCUCGUAGAAAAUGUAGGGCCAGUGGCGUUCGCAUUUCAGUCGAAUUUUUGUGAAAAAAUUGGAGUGGCUGAUAUUUGCGGUGUAAUUAGACCGCAAGAGGUGCUCAGAACCAGUAUUAUCUGGGAGCCCUCUCAGCCACAGGAAGGUCUGUAUAUAAGGUUAGUAACCUUUAAUGUUCCUGUGAACCAGGGACGAAGGUUCCGCGGUAGCUGGCUUCAAGAGCCAGGUAUAAAAAACCACAAAAGAAUCGGCAUCGAUGCCCUCUUGAGGGCACAACCCUAA